GAAUUAUCCUCGUAAAAAAACUCGAUCAGAGUAGAUAUAGUUUUCUUUCGUUUUUCACCUCCUCAAAAGAUCCCAAAUCUUACUCCAAUUUCUAUCUUUUUUUCACAUAUUUCCCCUGAUCUCCGCUUCUUCACGCAAUCUCUCACCAAAUUCUACCCUUUCCAACCUUUUUCUUUCUUCCUAAUCUUCAUCUUUCCAUCUUCCAAAACCCCCAAUUUUUGGAUCUCUGCGCAUUGAUACGCAGGUUUGUUUUCUUGCCCUAGAAAUUGAUUUUAUGAUUGUGGGUUUUUGCCAAAAUUAGCUAUCGUUAAUUGUUUCGUUCUUAAUUCUUGAUUGUAGAGAAAAAAAAGUUCGAAUUUUGAUGGCAAUGUGGUUGUUGUUGGUUAAUAAAAGAUGAAUAAGAAAAGAAAAGGGAGUGGUAGUGAUAAUGAUUAUAAGAACAUAGUUAAGAACCCUAACCCUUUACAGUUGAUGAAUGAUGAUAGAGGGUCGAUUAUUAGGGGUCAUUUUAGUCUUGAAGAUUGUUCUAGGUUGAAGAAGAAGUGUAAAGAAGAUGUGGGUAGUAAUGUUUUUGAUGGAUCAUCAUGUGCUACAAGUAGAAUUGUUGGUGCCACGACUGCGCCACCGUCUAGGGGGUUGUCGGCUGUCGAACCGAGUAGGGGAUUGAAGAGGAAAAUUGGGUGUAUUGAUGUUGCUACUCAAAUUGGUAGUAGGAAGAAUAAACUUGAGGAUGAUUAUGUCAAGAUCAAGACUAUAGGGCAGGGGAAAUUUGGGUCUGUUUGGUUGUGUAGAUGUAAAGCGAGUGGGCGGGAAUAUGCGUGUAAGACGUUGAAAAAGGGGGAGGAGACGGUGCAUAGAGAGGUUGAGAUAAUGCAGCAUUUAUCAGGGCAUCCUGGGAUUGUGAUGUUGAAUGCAGUGUAUGAAGAUUGUGAUUGUUUUCAUCUUGUCAUGGAGUUGUGUUCCGGAGGGAGGUUGGUUGAUGAGAUGAAGGUUAAUAGGUACUCGGAGCAACGAGCUGCACAUUUAAUGAAGGAACUGAUGCUUGUGAUCAAGUAUUGUCAUGAGAUGGGAGUUGUGCAUAGAGAUAUAAAGCCCGAGAAUAUUCUGCUUACGAGUUCAGGGAAGUUGAAACUUGCUGACUUUGGCUUGGCUGUCAGAGUUGCUAGUGGUCAGAGCUUGACUGGAGUUGCUGGAAGUCCAGCGUAUGUUGCACCUGAAGUAUUGUCCAGUAAUUACCGGGAGAAAGUGGAUAUCUGGAGUGCUGGCAUUCUCUUUCAUGCCCUUUUAAGUGGUUCACUUCCAUUUCAAGGGAAGUCAUUAGAAUCAAUUUUUGAGGCAAUUAGGAACAAUAAACUAGAUUUUCAUUCAGGCGAAUGGCAGUCAGUUUCCAAACUUGCACGAGAUCUAGUUGGAAAAAUGCUGACAAGGGAUAUUACAGCUAGGUUUUCAGCAGAUGAAGUUCUUGGGCAUCCAUUUAUAAUGUUCUAUACAGAGCGGGUUUUUUCAUUGGAUUUCAUCAAGUCUAAACCAAGAAAAGGAUCAGCGGUUCCUUCCCCCCAAUUGGACAGCACCUCGCUACCUGAAUUAGAUAAACGCCGACCUCACUCUUGCUCAUUGAGUGAGAAUUCAAGUUUAACUGUCACAACUAAGCAACCUGCGACUUCUGACACUGACAAGCAGGAUGACUGUGGUCUAAUGGAUGUACUAGUAGUAGCAAUCUCACAGGUUAGGAUUUCUGAACCAAAAAGAAGUAGGCUGUGCUUUUCCUCCGGCAGCUCAAUACAGUCGCAGUUUUCAACUAACAGCCUUUGUAAAGCAUUUUAAUUUAGUUGGCUGACUUAGCUAACACUAAUUCGCCCUUGAGUCUUGGAUAGGAUGUUUGCAAGUAGCUUAAUAGAAGUUGAAUCAAUUUAAUUCUUUCUGAUGAACCUAAUUGCUCUGUUUAACGAGCUUACUGUGACUGUAAUUCAAAUAACGAACUUGGUCACUUGUGUACAUAAAUAUAUCUUUUAAAAUCUGGUAUAA